AUGCCUCGCCUGCACGUUUGCCGUCGUCCGCUGGAUCGCCCGACCAGCGCCCUCGUACUCGUGUGCGCCGCCUGGAAGGCCCUCCUGCUGCUUAUUGCCUUCGCCAGUCCCGGCCCUGGCUAUGACACGUCGACGACGCUCCUGUUGGGUCACGAUGCUGCUGCCUCCUCGCUGGGGGCCGCUUCAGCGCCCUGGUCCGCCACGCUAGGCGAGCGCCUCGUCAGCAAGCUUGUCCGCUGGGAUGCAAUUUAUUUCACCGCCGCCGCCGCCCGUGGCUACCAGCACGAGCAGGAGUGGGCGUUCAGCUGGGCGUUCAGCCAUCUGAUGGCCAAUGCCGCCAAAAUCCUGCCUCUUGCGGGCGACCACUUGGCCGCGCUUGCCUGGGCUGGCGUUGUUGUUUCUAAUGCCUCACACCUGCUCUCGGUCUUGGUGCUAUACCAGCUAGUUAGGCUAAUCUUGCCGGAGCCGGCUUUGCACAAGACCGCCUUUCUGACUGCAGUCCUCCAUGCCCUCUCUCCCGCCGGCCUGUUCCUCGCCGCGCCAUAUGGAGAGGCUUUGUUUUCGCUCCUGAACUUCUCAGGAAUGCUGUGCUACGCCUAUGCUCGCGUGCAGCCCAAUGGACCACUCAGUCUUGCUGCCAAUCUGCUCUGCAUGCUUACCUCAGGACUUUGUUUUGGCCUCGCGACAAUGGUGCGCAGCAAUGGCUUGCUCAGUGGCCUCAUUCUAAUCUAUGAUGUUGUACGGGUUCUGCCUGGUCUCCUUGGUCAAAAAUCCGAAAUGAUUGCGACACUCAUGAGGCUCACUGGCACCGUUCUAGCCGGCUGUAUGGUCGCCGGAGGCUCAAUCAUCCCCCAGUGGGUGGCCUACCUGCAGUACUGCACCUUGGACCAAGCGAGGCCGUGGUGUACAAAAAUGCCCCCUAGCAUUUACACGUGGGUACAGCAUCAUUAUUGGAACGUGGGCUUCUUACGUUAUUGGACACUGUCCAAUAUUCCGUUGUUUCUGCUGGCUGCGCCUACCAUAUGGGUUCUGGUGGGCUCUGCUCUGCGAGUCAUUCGCCGAUUCUCCGCUCGUUCCGGGCCGGCCGAGAAGGUCUCGACUGAGCAGAAUUCCUCGCGGACUGAAACGGCUCACCUUCUCGUGGCCUUCAGCAUCCCCCAGCUCGCCCUUGCAUUGUUGGCUGUGACAAAUUUUCACAUCCAGAUCGUGAACCGCAUAUCCUCAGGAUACCCUCUAUGGUACCUUGCGAUUGCUUCUGGUAUGGACUGUGUGAAUGAUCCGCUCAGCGUCGCCUUUGCGUCGAAAGAUACAUGCAACUCCCUUGCCCGGCUUAUGGUGAUCUACGCAAUCGUGCAGGGGGCUCUAUUCGCGAGUUUCUUGCCUCCUGCGUGA